AUGGAGAGCCCCAACCUCACCUCAGUGACUGAAUUCAUCCUCCUUGGCCUCUCCAGCCGGCCUGAGCUCCAGGUGCAUCUCUUCCUCCUCUUCUUCAUGAUCUACCUGAUGAUCUUGCUGGGGAACCUGCUCAUUGUGUUGCUGAUAUUGAGGGAUUCACACCUCCACACACCUAUGUACUUCUUCCUCACUAAUUUAUCCAUUCUAGAGGUCUGUUACACAUCCUGUGUGUUUCCACAGAUGCUGGUACACUUCUUUGCAGAGAGAAAGUCCAUCUCUUACUCCUGCUGUGUCAUACAGGUCUACACAUUCUUGUCCUUUGGCAUUGCAGAGUGUUAUAUCCUGUCAGUGAUGGCCUAUGACCGCUAUGUUGCCAUUCGAGACCCCUUAAGAUACACAAUCACAAUGAACUGGAGGUUCUGUGGGAUUCUGGCUGCGGGGUCAUGGUUGGGUGGCUUCAUGGCAUCCACAAUAGUUACA